AUGUCUCCGCACCGUGUGCGGCCUAUCGGGGGUCACCGUAGAGGGGCCCCCUACAAACGCGGCACUCCCGGGCAGUGCCACCGUUGUCAGCUGUACGGGCACUCAACACGUAACUGCAACGCGGCGCGUUGCGUUAAAUGUCUUGGUGAUCACGCGACCAUCGACUGCUCGCGCGUAAAAGAAAUAGCGACGGAGCCACCGAGCUGUGUACUCUGCCGUAAGCAGGGUCACACGGCCAAUUACGGCGGACGCCCCAAGGCGCCGCGGAAGCGCCCGGCCAACGCGCCCCCCAAAACUGUCGGCCCAAAGACGUCGGCGCCCCGCGCGCCGAAACCGGCUUUCGUAUCGGCUCCGGUGCCCACCGUCUCCGCGUGGGCAAAACCGUUGCCGUUCACGAAAGCAGGAACGCCACCGGCACCCCAACCUCGGUACGCGCCGCAACCACUACUCGCGCCGCGUCCCGCCCACGCGCCCGGUCCCGCCCCCGCGCCCGCCCCGGCCCCGCGCGCGCCCCCACAACUGACUUCGCAAUCGUGCGCGACUAUAUCGCCGCGAUAA